AUGAAUACCAUUAAAUUAAAAACAGAAUUAAUAGAGGUGAUUGACAUUAAUUUAUCUAUGUAUAGUUAAUUUUGAAAUGUUUUUUUAUAUACAAUGUACCUGAUAAUUUUAACAAACAUUUAUAGAGUAUUGAUCCUGACGCUAAUACUGAAUCACUACCCUCACAUUCAAGUGAAGACUCAGAAUCAUAUUCUAUUUCUGAACAUUUAACACAAACAGGCAAACAAAUUAAUAUUGAUGACUAUCCAGGUCAACUUAAUUUCAAUUUUUCUUUAGAUUUUACAGAAAUUUCCAAACAACAUUGGAUGGUAAUGGUUAACGCCUUAAUUGAAGGUCUAUAACAACUAUACUUGAAUUUUUUUUUUUAAUGCGUGAUUUCUGUUUUAGUAUUCUAUUACUUUGAAUAAAGCAUACAUUAAUAUGAAUCGAAUACUGCCCAUUCAAUUUUAUUGGCAGUUUGACAAAGCUGAUUCAUUGGGAAUAAAAAAUCUUCGUAUACGAGCAUUACUUGUUUUUGCUACUCCUGAAUUUCGUCAGCUAUCCAUCAAACGCUGUCCAAUACAUAUUGUGCUAGAUAGAACCAGUAGUAUGCAUAUAUUCAUAUAGUUACAUUAAUAUGCAUAGGUACCUACACAAAUUUGAAGUGAAUUAACUUUUUAAAUUUAAAAUUAAGACCCCACACAAGUUGAACACAUUAUAUGGUGUGAACAAAGUGAUGCUAUAUAUGAACAAGAUCCAAAUAGCCAAAGAUACAGUGUUGUGGUUCCUGUUCAUAAUUCUGAUCCCAGUUCAGGUUCUAAGUCUUAUGAUAUUUUAUACAAGUUUAUGUGCAAAUCAUUCUGUAGCACGAGUUUUAACCGAAGACCUAUUUAUGUAAUUUUUACAUUAGAAACUACAAAGUAAGAUUAUUAAGUAUUUUAUUUAAUUAUUAUAAUUACAUAGUUAACCUUAUAAUAUUUUGUUUUAGGGGACAAGUAUUAGGUAGAAAAAAACUUGGUUUGAAGGUGUGCAGUGUUCCAAAAAGAGAUAUGUUAAAAGAAGAAGCUAUAGAAAAAAAGAGAUUGAAUGGAAUACAGAGUUUAAAAAAACAUUCAUUUGAAAUUAGUCAAGUUACACCUAUGAAAAAGAUAAAAAUUGAAAAUGAUAAUGUCGUCAAUGAUGAUAAUAGAACUUACCAUAUUCCAGAGGUACCUAUGUAAUUUUGAAAAUAAUGUAUAUUUUUUACAUAGCCAUUAAAUUUGUAUAAAUACUAAAUAUGCUUUUUUUUUGUUAUUUCAGUUAACGAUUCCAAAUAAAAAGUUAUAUUUUAGUACUUUAGAACUAUUGCAUAGUCAUUUUUUAGGUAGUGCUGUUAGGGAUGAUAAUGUGAUAAAUUUACAUCCUUUAAUUAGCACGGUUGGUGACCUAAUAACUCAAGAGAAUUCUGUAAGUAUUGCAAUACCUUUAUUGUUUAAAACUGUCUAAUAAUUAAUUAAUAUUAAUUUUCUCUAGAAUGAUAACGCUCAUUCAGAAAAUCAACAUUCUUAA